CCCACAUGAGGGGACUACCCCCCAAUAAUUCCUUCUUCCAUAUCCAACUUCAUCUCACCAUCUUGACUCACAAUCUCUGCAACCACGAACAUUUAUCAUAGGUUUCGUUGCUCCAUUCAAUUACACCCAGCGAGAACGGGGUAUUCCUUGCAUUCUGUUUCACUUUUUUUACUGCAAAAGAUAUGUAUUUUUUUUAUUUUGUAGAGAGAGAUUACGUUCGAGAUAUACGUCAGGAUUGGAACACACAUGGAGUAAGAAGUGAUUUUCUCAUGGACUUGGCAACCGGAGUAGCAAAUGGGCAAGGCAGGCAUCCUAUAUUUUCCUUCGGUGUUAUUGCUGAUGUUCAGUAUGCUGAUAUCCCUGACGGUCACUCAUUCCUCGGUGUUCGUCGGUAUUAUAGACAUAGUAUUCUUGUUCUACAAAGGGCAGUCAAGAGCUGGAAUGAUUGCAAGAAUCUUAACUUUGUGAUUAACUUUGGAGAUAUUGUUGAUGGGAAGUGUCCCAAGGAUCAAUCUCUAGAUGCUGUGAAGAAAGUAGUAGGCGAGUUUGAAAAUUUUCAUGGUCCAGUAUAUCACAUGAUCGGCAAUCAUUGUCUUUACAAUCUCCCACGGGAUAAGUUACUCCCUUUAUUGAAGAUACCCAAUCAUGGCGGUGGUCAUGCCCACGCGUACUAUGACUUUUCACCAACCCCAGGUUAUAGAUUUGUUGUACUGGAUGGAUAUGAUAUUAGUGCAAUCGGAUGGCCUAUUGACCACCCGAAUACAUUGGAGGCCAUGAAAGUACUGAAUGAAAAAAACCCGAAUUCAAAUAAAAACAGCCCGGAGGGACUGGAAGGUGUUGAUAGAAGGUUCGUUAUGUUCAAUGGAGCAGUUGGAAAGGAGCAGAUGGAAUGGCUCAAUAGUGUACUUCAGGAUGCAACCAAUAUGGAACAGAAAGUUAUUGUAUGUUGUCAUCUGCCAUUAGAUCCAGGUGCAACAAGCAAAACGACGCUUUUAUGGAACUAUGACCAAGUAAUGGAUGUGAUUCACCGGUACGAUUGUGUGAAGGUUUGCCUCUCCGGGCAUAAUCACGAAGGAGGAUAUUCAAUUGAUUCUCAUGGAGUUCAUCACAGGGUUCUUGAUGCUGCUCUGGAGUGUCCUCCUGGUACUGAUGCUUUCGGGUAUAUCGAUGUUUAUGACAACAUGUUAUCGCUUGUUGGCACUGAUCGAUUGGAAAACACCGAUUUUAGUUUCGAUUCUUAAACAAUUUUUUUUAUAGAAGAUCAGUUAAAUUAUUUCAUCAAAAUGUAUGAAGUGUAUGUUACUGUAAUUUGAUCGACUAUU